AUGACGGGCACUUCAGCAAAGCAAUCGCUCCGAAUCCUUGUGAAUCAAAAUGUCCGUAGAUUAUCACCAGAGUCUGUAUCAAAACAGUCCAGCGAGGUAUUCCAAAAACUUGCGCUAAAUGAACGGUUUAAAAGAGCCGAAAGGGUAGCCCUUUACAUGAACAUGCCAGUGGGUGAAAUAUGUACACUUGAUAUCAUUGAACAUUGCUUCUCAUUGGGAAAGAAGGUGUUUUUGCCCAGAUGCAAUGGCAUGAAGAUGACAUUCCUUCAACUCGAGAGCAUGGCAGCUGUGUACAACUUGCAGCCUAGAGGCAAGUACGGCCUACUUGAGCCCGCUUCAGGCCUCGAUGUUUUGAAAUCUGGUGACCUCGACCUCAUUUUAGUUCCUGGGGUCGCUUUCACCCAAGGCGGCAAACGGCUUGGGAGAGGCGCCGGCUAUUACGAUAAGUUCUUGAGCCAAUAUCUGAAGAUUCAUGGCUGCGUGCCGUAUCUUAUAGGCUUGGCGUUCGAACAACAAUUAGUUGAUGAUCUUCCUCAAGACGAUCAUGAUUGGUGGCUUGAUGAGGUCUUGGUUGGCAGCCCCUUGUAG